AUGACCGAAUACGUCCACAAACACCACGAUCUGGGCGAGUUCAGAGGCCUCCGACGUGGUGACGAUGUCGUUCAAUUUCGUGGCAUCCCGUAUGCUGACAUCCCGGGACGCUUCUUCCAGGCGCAGCUGAGAACCAAACUUCCUCAGACGCCCUUUGACGCAACACGACCAGGUCCAAUCUGCCCCCAGAACGAUGCCAUGCCAUUUCCGCCACUCUGGCAGAAGAGCCCCGACUUGCUGGGACCCGCGUUGACGCCGCCAGUCGCUGAUGAGUUCCAUUGUCUGAACCUUAACGUCACCGCUCCGCUCAGCGUGCUUGAGGGAGGUGAGCCAUGUCCAGUAAUGGGUUUUAUCCACGGCGGAGCUUUCAUGACAGGCAGCGCAUCUGUACAGGUAGGAGGCCGCGAGAUCUACGAUGCCACGAACUUGGUUCAUGCCAGCAUAACUCUGAAGCAGCCUAUCAUAGUUGUGGCAAUCAAUUACCGACUCGGGCCAUUGGGUUUCCUGGCAUCGAAACAGCUCAAAGAGCUGAAUGAGAGUCGCAAUGAACCUAUUGGCAACUAUGGCUUGCACGAUCAAGCACACGCGAUUGAGUGGGUAUCACGAUUCAUCGCUGGCUUCGGAGGAGAUCCAAGCUCAAUUACCUUGCAAGGUGCCAGCGCAGGGGGUGCUUCUUGUCACUUCCAGGCCGUGAGCUUUUCUAAAUCGAGGGUUAAGCGUGCAAUCUUGGCCAGUGGCACAGCUCUGGCUAUCGGGGCUAUGCCUUUGGACUACCAUCAGGACAGGUAUGAUGCGCUUUGCCGGAAAUUUGGUGAAGAGCAGGAUGACUACGUGAAUGUACUGCAGUCAGUUCCUGUUCAGGUUCUGGUCAAUGAGGUUUCCAGCGUCUCGAAACCAUUAAUCGACGAGCAAUACAUAACAGGUCGGGGGAUGCCUUGGCUCAAGGACGUCCCGACGAACGUGGAUCUACUAAUCGGAUCAUGCGAAUAUGAGGACGAUGUGACUCUUGCAAUUCUUGGACAUUUUGCUCCGUCUCCGCCGACUGCCGUAACACUGGGAAACCACGUCGAAGCUGCGUUGAUACCAUCAGGCGUGACAUCCAUGACGAGCAAGUACUUCUCUCCGGAGAUGCUGAACGUCAUAUUUCGAGUACCACCUUACCUCAUCGCCGGAUACGACGACACUGCUGCGGGCAAAGUCUAUGUGUAUGAAUUCCAGGCGAAAUCUCCCUAUCCGAACUGGCCGCCCGGAUACGAUCGAUCGCAUCACGCGGUCACCGAUGUCUUCUUGUUUGAUGUUGCAUCUGACCUUGUGCCGGAGCAACACCGGAACCGCUGGAGCACGGCGGUCAGUGAGCUGCGGAGUGCCUGGAUCAAGUUCUGCUGGGGUGAGCUUCCGUGGGAAGCAGCCACCACAGACGGCGGCGAGGCCAAGUUGGCAUAUGUCCUCAAGGACAACAAGACAUGGCAGUCACGGCCGAUCAUGGGCGAUUUUAUCAACGAUAAGAUUGCAGCCCGCUGGGAAGCUCUGUUAAGAGUCGCUGACUGA